AUGAAGGCAUGUCAAUUGCGUCUUUCUUUCCUCUUUGCUGUGUCAGCGCUUCGGAUGGGACGCGUGUCAAGCACACGUUUGCCGAUAACUCCUCCCGCGAAUUUGGCUACAUUUCACCCGGCCAUUGCAAGUUCGUGGAUGACUGCGGCGUCGAACAAAUUACUGCAGCCGCAACAUGUUCUUCCGACGAGCCGCAAACUUGCCUGGUGGCGUUGCCCUCACUGUGGCCACGAACACCACAAACGGAUUGAUCUUCAUGUGGCUGCAGGUGGGGUUUGCCCAAGAUGUCAACGCAUGCCCACACUGCUACACCCAAGCGACGCAUCCAGUGCCGUAUUAACUAUACCACUUGUGAAGCACCGCUGCCGCCCUGACAACAGUCUGUCUGUGUUGGCUGCUGCUAAUGCAAACCGACUCAAGAGCAGUAUUGCGGAUGAUGGCUACCUUCGUGUGGUGGAGACUCGCAACUUGCAGCCGAUGCUUGCGCGGAACUUUGAAAAGGAGAGCGACACGAUAGAUGAUGACGCUGUUCUUUUCGUCUCCCCCAAGCUUGAUGGGGUACGCUGUAUUGUUGCGUGGAAUGUGCGGGAACGGCGGCCAUGUUUUUUCAGUCGUUCGGGCACCCUCUUUGAAUGUUGUGAUCAUCGUAUUGAACCGAGUCUGCGUCCACUGUUUGAGAAG